AUGUCGGACGGCUUGGACUUUGUUCGCUCCGGUGAGGAGCCGUAUAUGCAAUUCUCAAAUUUCAAACUUCGAAAUUAUUUUCCUCAUGAAAUUGAGAAGCUCAGUGUUCUGAAAGUUACGCAAACAAAAACAUUUGAUGAGGUUCGCAGAAUUGGACAUCCAAUUCCUGGCGGUUUGUAUGAUCCAAUUUUGGGUCCUGGAGAAACGAACGACAAGUGUAUGACAUGUAAUCAAUACGAAAGACAUUGUCCAGGUCAUUUGGGCCAUAUUGAGCUAGACGUUCCCGUUUUCAACCCACUCCUUUUCUCAUUCACUUAUAACCUUCUCAAGGGAACUUGCGUUCACUGUCAUCGAUUUACAUGUAAGGGUGAUGGAAUUGAUGCCAAGCUUCUAUUAGUUCAACUUCGGUGCCUUGAACUUGGCGCUGAGCAGGUUGCCCUCGAUGUUUCGGCAGUUCUGAAGGACAAUAUGGGAGGAAUGGACUUUUUAAACGAAGAUGAUGAUGAAAAAGCUGCCGAACAAAUCGAUUUAUUAAUUGCAACUCUCGCUGGAAGAUCGUUAGAUGAUCUGAAAAACCAUAAAUAUGUUCCAUCAAAGAACGCCGUUCAAUUCAAAAAUGAAAUUAUUAGAAAUUUUACGAAAAAUUUUCUGUUCAAACGUUUGAAAAAGUGUCCUCUCUGUAAAAAUAGGAACGGAGAUGUAAGAAAUGAUGGAUAUAGAUGUAUUCUUUUGGAUUUUACAACUUCCCUAAAGAAAUCGAAAAAAUUAAUUAUCUCGGAUGAAUAUGGUGUAGAGGAAGAAGAGAGUUCUGAUGACGAGGAGAAGAAAAACGUCAAUGACACCAAAAACGUCUCAACCACAGCCGAUGUAGAAAUUGGCGAAGGAAGUCUUGAAAUGCAAAUGAAGAACGUGAGAAGCGGUCAUUGCGAUAAACUCGCGUGGCGUGCCGCAGAAGUUCGUGAGCAUUUUCGCAUUUUGUACAAGAAUGAAGGCCAAUUGCUGCUCAAACUCUUUCCAAUGCUUAUUGAUGAAAUGGCUUCCAAGUCGCAAGUUUGCCCACUUGAUGGAUUAUUCUGCGAAAGAAUUUUGGUGCCGCCGAAAAAGUUCCGACCGAUUCGCAUGUUUAAGGGCGCGCAAUAUGAAGACCCUCAAACUUUGAACUUGAGGAAAGUUCUCGAAGCCACUGAAACUAUUAAAGCGAUUGCCCUGAUUAUGAAAGGCGAUAAAAGUUCAACGCUCAAAGAGUUGGUGGCGAAUCGCGUUCACGGAAAAACGAUCAACGCACAAAUGCACGAAGCGUAUCUACAGCUGCAACUGAGGGUUAAUGCAAUUUUCGACGAAGAUUUGAAUAAAGGAGAACGCGAUCAUAUUGCGGGUAUUAAGCAAAUUCUUGAGAAGAAGCAAGGACUUUUCCGAAUGCACAUGAUGGGAAAGCGUGUCAAUUUUGCGUGCAGAUCUGUUAUCACACCCGAUCCUUAUUUGGACAUCGACGAAAUCGGAAUUCCGGACAUUUUCGCGAAACGACUUACGUUCACUGAGCCAGUCAACAUUCACAAUUUGAAGGAGUUGAAAAAACUUGUUCGAAAUGGUCCAAACGUUUUGCCGGGCGCGAAUUUCUUGAUAGAGCCCAACGGAAAAAAGCAUAUUUUCGGAAAUUUUCCGGAAGAAGUGAAACGAAGAAUGACUAUGGCGAGAACAUUGCAGCCAGGAAGUGUUGAAAGCUUGCGAUCGACGACAAAAAUUUUGAGACACAUGAAAAAUGGUGAUAUGAUUAUGAUGAAUCGUCAGCCAUCUCUUCACAAGCCUUCGAUUAUGGGUCAUAGGGCGCGAAUUUUAACUGGUCAACGAGCGCUUCGAAUGAACUACGCUCCAUGCAAGGCAUACAAUGCUGAUUUUGAUGGUGACGAGAUGAACGGACAUUUGGUGCAGUCUCAUAUUGCUCAGACUGAAGUUAGAGAAAUUGCGAACGUUGGAAGCAAUUUCCUCGUUCCCAAAGAUGCUACGCCUCUUCUUGGUCUCAUUCAGGAUCACGUUGUGUCGGGAGUUUUGCUUACUUUGAGAGACCGUUUUUUGAACAGGGAAGAUUUCAUGCAUUUAGUUUUGGCUUCAUUUGCCGAAUAUUCGAAGCGCAUCGAUAUUCCGCCGCCGACUAUUAUUUAUCCGAAGAAAUUGUGGACUGGCAAGCAAGUAAUCACCACAAUUCUAAAAACUUGUAUUCCUGAUGGGAAGCCGUUAAUUAAUUUGGAUGGAAAAGCGAAAACUCCAUUGUCUUGCUGGUCCGUUGACGAUCUUCCACCGCCGCCGUUCGAUAUGAGUGAAUCUCACGUCAUUUUCCGACAAGGAGAGCUUCUCGUUGGUGUUCUUGACAAAGCGCAUUUCGGCGCAACUCAGUUUGGAUUAGCUCAUUGCGUUUUCGAGCUUUAUGGACAUCGUUGUGGUGUUCAAUUGCUCUCAUGUUUUUCAAGAUUAUUCACGACAUAUCUUCAGUAUCAUGGAUUCACCCUUGGUGUUGCUGAUAUUUUAGUUGUAAAAAAAGGAGAUGAUAAACGGAAAGCGGCCGUAAUGGAAUCGAGGACAAUUGGAGAUCAAGUUGUUAAAACUGCGUUCGGUCUUUCUGAAAAUGCGACGAAAGCCGAAAUCAAACGAACAUUGGCGGCAACUUAUUGUAAUCCGCGUGGGCAAGGAACUGAUGUGAAAAUGCUCGAUUUUGCGAUGAAGCAAGGAAUCGCCAAAUUCAAUGAUACAAUUACUAAGUCUUGUGUGCCGGGUGGUCUUCUUCGCAAAUUCCCACAAAACGCUCUUCAAUUGAUGAUUCAAUCCGGAGCGAAAGGAUCGGCGGUGAACGCUAUUCAGAUUUCUGGUUGCCUUGGUCAAAUCGAACUUGAAGGAAAGCGUAUGGCUGUCACGAUUGCUGGACGCACGCUUCCCUCGUUCAAGGCUUUUGAUCCAUCGCCAAGAGCUGGAGGAUAUAUUGAUCAGCGAUUCUUGACUGGAAUGAAUCCGCAAGAAUUGUUCUUCCACACAAUGGCUGGAAGAGAAGGACUUAUCGAUACUGCGGUUAAAACCUCUCGUUCUGGUUAUCUUCAAAGAUGUAUUAUCAAGCAUCUCGAAGGAAUUCGGGUGCAUUAUGAUUCUACAGUUCGUGACCACGAUGGAUCUGUUAUCCAGUUCCGCUAUGGUGAGGAUGGCAUGGAUGUUACAAAGUCAACAUUCAUUAAUAAAAAAGUGAUGCCGUUCAUUGAGUCAAAUCUGGAAGCGAUUACAAUGGCGUCGAAGCCUUCAGAUGUCUCAGACAUUGAUUAUGGUGUGAAGAAAGCAGAGAAAAGAUACAAGAAAGUGUGCUCGUGGAGGAAGAAAGAAAAAAUUAGGAAUCCGAAUCGGAAUUCGAAGAAAUCAUUCUUGUCCGCCUUCACUAAUUUUGCGUCACACAUGGAAGGAACCGAUAAAAAGAUGAUUAUUUCUUCAUGGUUUGAGUUAAGUCUUGAAGAGCGCAAAGAAUAUGCUGAAGGUGUACCCAAGAAAUGCCCAUCGGCCGUCAACGAGGUCUUCAAUUCGAAUUGCACACUUGGAGCUUUGCCCGAAAAAAUGCUCGAUGACAUUGAGGAGUAUUGCACAAAUGUGAAAGACGGAGAGGAGCCGAAGGAUGAUUUGAAGAGAACGUUAUUCUGGAAAGGAAUGCGCUCACUUGCGGAACCCGGAGAAAAUGUUGGCCUCCUGGCAGCGCAGUCGAUCGGAGAGCCCUCGACUCAGAUGACGCUCAACACGUUCCAUUUCGCUGGUAGAGGAGAAAUGAAUGUUACUCUUGGUAUUCCUCGGCUUCGUGAAAUUCUGAUGACGGCUUCGAAGAAUAUCGCCACUCCAAGUGCCCAGAUAGCCGUUAUAGAAGGAACACCGAGAGAGAAGAUUGACGCCAUCAAGCGCGAAUUGGAUCGCGUUUACUUGAAGCAAGUUCUCAAGAAUUUCUCCAUCGAAGAGAGGGUGCUUUUAAACGAAUGCCAAAGUGCUCGCCGAUAUUUGUUGAGAAUCGAAAUUCUUGCUGCCAAUAAGCGAGAAACGGGAGCGCGACACCUGAAAAGAUCUACUAUUAUGGAAGCGAUUGAAAAACGCUUUAUCACACGCGUUGCCAAUUCGAUAAAAAGAAAAUUCGCCGAAAUCACGGAAUAUCAGCAAAUGUCGCAUAGAAAAAUGCGACAAGGCAACAUGUCAGCUGGAAUUACCGGAGAAUCGACUGCCAAAACAUCUGGAUUACAAGGACCAGAUCAUGGUGAGUCUUCCGAUGAAGAAGCUUACGGAGGUCGUGAAGCUGAUGCAGCGGAGAAGAGGCUUCACCAACGACAUAGGGAUGAAGCGGCAGAAUAUGAAGGAGAAGAAGAUGAACUAUAUGAUUUGAGAGACACAACGAAUGAGUAUGAUUUGGUGGAUGAGGAUACUAAUAUCAAAGAGACUGAUGACGAGGACGAUGAUGAUGAUGUCGACAUCGAAAAGAAAAGAGCUCAAAAAGAGUUUGCAGUGAAGAAUAUGAACAGAAUUCAGCUCGUCCAAAAGAUGGCAGACAACAUUUGUAGCUACAACUAUGACGCGAAAUCGGAGAAAUGGUGCGAGGUUGUGUUUGAGCUACCACUCAAAAACAAAUCGAAAAUGGAUGUUGCAACGAUUGUUGAACAAGAAGUGGACGAAUUUAUCAUACACCAAACUCCAGGAGUAGAACGCUGCGUUGAGCGUGAAGAAGUCAAGGAUGGAAAGACCGUGAUUUACCUCCAAACUCAAGGAGUCAAUCUUGAUGCUCUAUUCAAGCAUUCUGACGUCCUCGAUGUCAAUUCAUUGUACUCGAAUGAUUUGAAUUUGAUUCUUAACAAAUAUGGGGUUGAAGCAUGCGCCAAAGCCAUUGUCACGGAAAUGAACAAUGUGUUCGCCGUUUAUGGAAUCGAAGUGUCGAAGCGGCAUUUGUCACUCACAGCCGACUAUAUGACUUUCACUGGAAAGAUUGAACCAUUUAAUAGAGGCGCAAUGUCAUCAAGCUCAUCACUACUCCAAAAGAUGACAUUCGAAACGACGAUGGCCUUCCUUCGCGAUGCACUCCUGCAAGGUGAAGAGGAUUCGGUGACGUCGCCGUCGUCGCGGCUUGUUCUCGGAGCAUUGCAGCGUGGUGGAACUGGUGCUUUUGAUCUACUGCUAGACCAAAACAUGAUUUCGGAAAAUGAAGAAUAUGAAAGAAAUCGGAUGAGCAGCAAAAAAUUGAAAAGUUGUUAG